AUGUACCACCUUGCCAAGGGCCUCUAUCUCCUCGCAACAAGCAAAGAAGAAUACUCCGUCAUCCUCCUCGGCCUCGACAAUGCCGGCAAGACGACCUUCCACGAGCAGGUCAAGUCCAUGUACCUCCCCAAUGCCCCCGAACCAAAACUCAAGACCGUCCCCACCGUCGGCCAGAACGUCUCGACGAUAACCCUGCCCGACAUGUACCUCAAGCUCUGGGACGUGGGCGGCCAGCACUCCCUCCGCAAGCUGUGGCAGAGCUACUACGCCAGCUGCCACGCCAUCGUCUUCAUCAUCGACAGCACGGACAUUGGCGACGGCGACCUGGCGCACGAGAACACGGGCCGGCUGGACGAGUGCAGGCUGGUGCUGGAGGACGUGCUGCAGCACUCGGAGACGGAGGGCGUGCCGCUCCUGAUAUUGGCGAAUAAGCAGGAUAGAGAGGAUUGUGUCGAGACGAUACGCAUCAAGGAAGGACUUGUGAAGCGGGUUAUGGAGGGCGAGAAGGGUGCUGCCAUUCGCGACUCGCGCGUGCUGGCCAUGAGUGCGCUGACGGGCGAGGGUGUGCGAGAAGCAAUCGACUGGGUGCGUUCGAGGGUUCAGUGGAACAAAGAGUCACGGCCACCUGUCAUGAGGUAG